UUAAUCUAAUAUAUGUUGAUAAUGCAGGUUCAUGCAACUUGACCUUGGCCAUCUUCGAAUUAAAAAUGAGGUUAGCUGGAUUGGAUCCCCUGAAAAAGAUCCAUCAGCAGUCCACAUUGAUGUUCUUGAUGCUGAGGUUGUAGGUAUUAAUAUGGCCGUUGGAAUUAAUGGAUGUAUUGGAAGACCAAUGAUACGUGAAGGCAGAGAUAUUCAUAUUUAUGUGCGCCGCAGUCUUCGGGAUGUUUUCCGGAAGGUCCCUACAUUUGUAUUGGAAGUUAAGAUAGGUUUGCUGCAUGGAGUGAUGUCAGAUAAGGAAUACAAUGUUAUUCUUGAUAGUCUCUACGUGAACUUUUCGGAGGAACCUAAACUUCCACCUCCAUUCCGUAGCAACAAAUCUGCUUCAAAAGAUACAAUACGACUGCUUGCUGAUAGAGUGAACAUGAAUAGUCAAAUACUCCUUUCACGCACAGUUACUAUAAUGUCUGUUGAAGUGGGCUAUGCGUUGCUGGAUUUAUGCAACGGAGUCCAUGAGGAAUCCCAUUUGGCUCAUAUUGCUCUUGAGGGUCUUUGGGUGUCAUACCGCAUGACGUCUUUAUCUGAAGCUGAUCUCUAUGUUACCAUCCCUAAGUUCUCGAUUUUAGACAGUCGUCCUGAUACAAAACCUGAAAUGCGCCUGAUGCUUGGAUCAUGCAGUGAUGCUCAUAAACAAAUGUCACCUGAUGUGAACAUUGAUCUUCCAACCUCAACAAUGUUCUUGAUGGAUUGUCGAUGGCGGACUUCAUCCAUGUCGUUUGUUGUUCGGAUUCAGCAGCCUCGCGUUUUAGUUGUUCCUGAUUUUCUACUUGCUGUGUGUGAAUACUUUGUUCCAUCUUUGGGAACAAUAACUGGCCGAGAAGAAGUGAUGGAUCCAAAAAAUGAUCCAAUUGUAAAAAACAGCAGCAUAGUUUUUUCUGCUCCUUUUCAUAAACAGGCUGAAGAUAUAGUGCACUUAUCCCCUAGUAGGCAGCUAGUGGCUGAUGCAGUGGGUAUUGAUGAAUACGUAUAUGAUGGUUGUGGUAAGACCAUCUGCCUCACCGUUGAGGAGGGGAAAGAAAUGCAUUCAUCUGAAGCGAAAUACAUUAUCAUUAUAGGACGGGGCAAGAGGCUUAGAUUUGUGAAUGUAAAAAUUGAGAAUGGGUUGCUAUUGAGAAAGUAUACAUACUUAAGCAAUGAUAGCAGCUACUUUGUGUCCCAAGAUGAUGGUGUUGAAAUUUUGUUUGUGGAGAGUACUAUUGAUACUGGCAAGAGGAGUCCGGAGAAUAUAGAAGAGUUGUUUUAUACUUCAGAUGCUGUCCAGAGUGGGGCAAGCCAGGCGCAAAGCUAUAGUUUUGAAGCGCAGGUUGUUUCUCCUGAAUUCACUUUUUACGACAGUAGCAAGUCAUCAUUAGACAACUCUUCAUAUGGUGAAAAGCUGCUUCGAGCAAAAGUGGACGUUAGCUUCAUGUAUGCUGCGAAAGAAAAUGAUAGAUGGAUACGGGGUCUCUUGAAGGAUCUAACUGUUGAGGCUGGUUCUGGGCUCAUCAUCCUUGAUCCAGUGGACAUAUCUGGUGGAUAUACUUCUGUCAAGGAUAAAACAAAUAUAUCGUUAUUCUCCACAGAUAUAUAUGCCCAUCUUUCUCUAGGUGUUAUAUCCCUUUUACUCAAUUUGCAAAUUCAAUUAGCAACAACGCUACAGUUUGGGAAUGCCGAUCCGCUGUCCCCUUGUACUCACUUCCAUCGCAUCUGGGUGUCUCCGAAAGAAAAUGGGAUUCUUAACCAUGUUACGUUUUGGAGGCCUCGAGCUCCUCCGAAUUAUGUCAUUCUAGGAGAUUGUGUGACCUCAAGGCCAAAUCCCCCGUCUCAAGCUGUUGUGGCCAUUAGCAAUACAUAUGGACGUGUUCGGAAGCCUCUUGGUUACGAGCUCAUAGGUAAAUUGUCUGGAACACAAGGAUCUACUGGUGUAGAUGAUGAGUGUUCUCUUUGGCUGCCAAUUGCACCAGCUGGAUAUAUGGCGGUGGGAUGUGUUGCUCACAUAGGCAGCCAACAACCUCCAAAUCAUAUUGUUCAUUGCAUACGCUGUGAUCUAAUAACAUCAACAACAUAUUCAGAAUGCUUAUUUAGUGCUGCUGUAAGUUCUUCAUUUAUAUCUGGGUAUAGCAUAUGGCGUUUGGAUAAUGCUCUUGGAUCGUUUUAUGCCCAUCAAUCUACCGAGCAUCCUCCAAAAGAAUCUUGUUUUGAUCUGAACCAUCUUCUCCUUUGGAGUUCAAGUUGGUAUCGUUCUUCCUCAAUAUAUCCUUCCAUUGAUCUUACAUAUGAACAUGAGUGCAUGCAACCACAUACAUCAGGGUGGGAUAUCGUCAGAUCAAUCUCUAAAGCAACCUCGUGCUAUGUAUCAACUCCAAAUUUUGAGAGAAUCUGGUGGGAUCGGGGAAGUGAUCUUCGUCGACCUGUUUCCAUAUGGCGGCCUAUAACACGUCCAGGUUAUGCUGUACUGGGUGACUGCAUAACUGAGGGCCUUGAGCCACCACCUCUGGGCAUGAUUUUUAAAGCUGACAACCCUGAAAUUUCUGCCAAUCCUGUGCAAUUUACAAAAGUGGCCCAUAUUCUAGUAAAAGGACUUGAUGAAGCUUUCUUUUGGUAUCCUAUUGCUCCUCCUGGUUAUGCUACCUUAGGGUGUGUAGUAACACGACAUGAUGAAGCACCACCUUUGGAAUCUUUCUGCUGUCCAAGGAUGGAUCUUGUUAGUGGAUCUAAUAUUGUUGAGAUUCCAAUCUCAAGAUCAUCAAGCUCAAAAGCUUCUCAAUGCUGGAGCAUCUGGAAAGUUGAAAAUCAGGCUUGCACAUUUCUUGCAAGACCCGAUAUGAAAAAGCCUUCUACAAGGCUGGCUUUUGCUAUCGGUGAUUCAGUGAAGCCCAAGACCAGGGAGAAUGUGACCUCUGAGAUGAAAUUAAGAUGUUUUUCCAUUACCUUUUUGGACAGCUUUUGUGGAAUGAUGACACCACUUUUUGAUGUCACAAUAACAAAUCUCAAACUUGCAACACAUGGUCGGAUAGAGGCGAUGAAUGCGGUACUCAUUUCUUCAAUCGCUGCUUCAACUUUCAACACACGGUUAGAAGCAUGGGAGCCAUUUGUGGAGCCAUUUGACGGGAUAUACAAAUUUGAGACAUAUGAGACAAAUAUUCAGUCAUCAUCAAGUCUUGGAAAAAGGCUGCGCAUUGCAGCAACUAGUAUCUUAAAUAUAAAUAUUAGUGCAUCAAAUCUUGGCACCUUGGCACAGACUGUCAAUUCAUGGAGGAAACAGAGAGAGCUCGAACAAAAAGCCAUCAAAUUACUUGAGGAAGCCCGUGGUCGUCAAGAUGCUGACCAUCAGAGUUCAACUCUUUCAGCAUUGGAUGAGGAUGAUUUUCAGACUGUAGUAGUAGAAAACAAACUUGGAUGUGAUAUGUAUUUGAAAAAAGUUGAGGAGAACUCUGAUGCAGUUGAAUUAUUACCUGCUGAUUCUUUUGCCUCUGUGUGGAUUCCACCUCCAAGGUUUUCUGACAGACUAAACGUUAUUGAAGAAUCAAGAGAUCAUAGGCGCUAUGUUACUGUUCAGAUUGUUGAAGCAAAGUCUUUACCUGUUGUUGAUGAUGGCAACAGUCAUAAUCUCUUCUGUGCAUUAAGACUGGUUGUGGAGAGUCAAGAUACAAGUCAGCAAAAGGUUUUUCCGCAGAGUGCCAGAACCAAAUGUGUGAAACCAUUAAUUGCGAAACUAAAUGGUCAAGAUGAGGGCACAGCUAAAUGGAAUGAACUAUUCAUUUUUGAAGUUCCCCGGAAGGGAUUGGCCAAGCUGGAAGUAGAGGUGACAAAUCUUGCUUCAAAGGCUGGUAAAGGUGAAGUCGUCGGUGCGGCCUCAUUUUCAGUUGGGCAUGGUUCUAGUGUAUUGAAGAAGAUUGCUUCUGUGAGAAUGCUGCAUUCAACAAGUAAUGCAGAGAAAAUUUUGUGCCACCCACUGAAAAGAAAAGGUCAGCUGAAUAAUGAGAGUGAUUCUCCUGGUUGCCUUUUUAUUUCAACUUCUUACUUCGAAAAGAAAACAACGGCGAACUUCCAAAAUGAUCUAGGGGAGAAGGAUGGUAUUGAGAGUGAUGUAGGUUUUUGGGUGGGUCUUAAUAAACACAGUCCAUGGGAAAGUAUUCGCUCAUUCCUUCCCAUGUCAGUGAUCACCAAAACAGUGAACAGUGAUUAUUUGGCUGUAGAAGUUGUCACCAAGAAUGGGAAAAAACAUGCAAUUUUCAGAGGACUUGCUACAGUAUGUAAUGAUUCGGAUAUUACGCUGGAAUAUUCGUCAUGUGACAUGUCCGUGAUUCACUCUCAAGAACGCAGAACACAUCAAGUUCAGGAGAGAGGAACAAGUGGUUUAAUUAGUCCUGGUUGUUCAUCUGUUUUGCCUUGGAAGUGCACAUUUAAGGAUUCUAAUAAUUGUUUACAAGUUCGUCCUUGCAUUGAUCAUUCUCAAACUGCUUAUGCAUGGGGCCAACCUGUUUUUUUGGGAUCUGGCUAUGUACUUGGAAAGGACCUACUUUCGAUUGAGCAAAGCACUCUAUCGAGGCAAAAUACUUUGAGACAGGGAAGCGGUCUACCUGUUUCACCUUUGAAGCUCAAUCAACUUGAAAAAACAGAUCUGCUUUUUUGUUGCCCUGGUGCCACAGGUAAACGGGCUUGGCUCUGCGUUGGUACAGAUGCUUCAGUUCUUAACACAGAGUUAAAUGCCCCUGUUUAUGAUUGGAAAAUAUCAAUUAGCUCCCCUCUGAAGCUGGAGAAUAGACUUCCGUGUGAAGCUGAGCUAAGAAUUUUUGAAAAAAUCAAAGAUGGAAGUAUCAUAGAGCGACAUCAUGGUUAUUUAGCUUCGCGUGAAACCAUGCACAUAUAUUCUGCUGAUAUAAGGAACCCUCUCUAUCUUAUGAUGUUUGUUCAAGGUGGUUGGGCUCUGGAAAAGGACCCUAUUAUGUUCUUGGAUCUUAUAAAUAAUAGCCAUGCCUCAUCAUUUUGGAUGGUCCACCAGCAGAGAAAAAGGACAUUGCGAGUAAGUAUUGAACGUGACUUGGGAGGGACGACUGCUGCUCCCAAAACCAUAAGGUUCUUCGUUCCUUAUUGGAUUACUAAUGAGUCCUACUUGUGUUUGGCAUAUCGGGUCGUGGAAAUCGAACCGGGUGAGAGUGCAAGUGUGGAUUCACUUGUGCUUUCUAGAGCUGCUAAGUCUGCUAAGUUAGCAUUGAGAAGUCCAUCUACUGUGGGACGUAAACAAAUAGGUCCCAGGAAAAUCAUUCAAGUUCUUGANAUGCUUUCUCCUCAAGACUAUGUAGGGCGUGGUGGUGUGGUGCUGUUUUCAUCUCGCAAUGAUUCUUAUCCUUCUUCGCGUGUGGGCAUUUCUGUUGCUAUUCAAAACUCUGAAAAUUUCAGUCCUGGUAUCUCUCUUCUUGAACUAGAAAAGAAGCAACGAGUAGAUAUCAAAGCGUUUGGGCCAAAUGGAAAUUAUUACAAGCUUUCUGCUGUGUUGCAUAUGACGUCAGACAGAACAAAGGUUGUACACUUUCAACCACAUACUUUAUUUCUUAAUAGGCUUGGCUGCGAUAUAUGCCUCUGUCAAUGUAAUUCUGAGUUGCUUGAAUGGAUACAUCCAACUGAUCCCCCGAAACAUCUUGCAUGGCAACAUGAUAAAGUUGAAUUGUUGAAGAUAAGGCUGGAUGGUUACAAAUGGAGUGCGCCAUUUAGUGUCGGUGCUGAAGGUCUGAUGUGUAUCUGCUUGAGAAGUGAAACUGGAAGUAGCUUAAUGCAUGUUAGGGUUGAAGUAAGAAGCGGUUCGAAAGAGUCACAUUAUGAAGUAGUUUUCAGGCCGAAGGCAUUUUCAAGUCCUUACAGGAUUGAAAAUCACUCUUUACUUCUGCCAGUUCAUGUUCGACAAGUGGAUGGAACAAAUGAUUCAUGGAGAGUUGUUUUUCCUAAUGCUUCUAUUUCUUUCUCAUGGGAAGAUCUUGGUCGUGAAAGAUUGAUUGAGCUCUUGAUAGAAGGGAAUGACCCUGCUUCUUCAAGAAAAUAUAAUAUUGAUGAGAUCUCUGAUCAUCAGCCCGCCCAUGCAGCUAGAAGACCCGAGAAAGCUUUACGUGUAACUGUACUAAAAGAAGAGAAAAUGAAUGUUGUCAGAAUCAGUGACUGGAUGCCAGUUAAUGAUACACUCACUAAUUUGAAUAGAAGCCCUUCAUCUUCACAUAUCUCUGGCAGUUCUCAUUCUCAGCAGUCUGUAUACACCUCAGAUUCUGAGUUUCAUGCCAUUGUUGAGGUUGCGGAGCUUGGACUAUCUAUUAUUGAUCAUACACCAGAAGAAAUAUUAUAUCUAUCAGUACAGAGUCUUGUGCUAUCUUAUUCAACUGGACUGGGUUCUGGAGUCAGCCGUCUGAAGGCAAGAAUGCGUGGCAUUCAGGUCGACAAUCAGUUGCCGUUAAGUCCUAUGCCAGUUCUCUUCCGACCACAAAGGAUUGAAGAGCACGCUGAUUAUAUCUUGAAGUUCUCCUUAACACAGCAGUCCACUGGAUCAUUAGAUUUGUGUGUCUAUCCAUAUAUAGGUUUCCAAGGACCUGAAAAUUCUGCAUUUUUGAUCAACAUUCAUGAACCUAUAAUUUGGCGCCUUCAUGGAAUGAUUCAACAGGCUAGCCUUAGCGGGUUAUUUGAUACACAAAGUACCUCUGUUUCUGUUGAUCCCAUAGUUCAAAUUGGUGCUUUUAACAUUUCGGAAAUCCGAAUCAAAGUAUCAAUGGUAAUGUCCCCAUCACAGCGGCCUGUAGGUGUUCUCGGGUUUUGGUCAAGUUUGAUGACUGCACUUGGGAAUACUGAAAAUAUGCCAGUUCGCAUUAAUCAAAGGUUUCUGGAAAAUGUAUCAAUGAAGCGUAGCAUUUUGGUUGGAAAUGCUAUUGCAAAUGUUAAGAAGGAUCUUCUUAGCCAGCCUCUCCAGUUGCUCUCAGGUGUUGAUAUACUUGGGAAUGCAAGUAGUGCACUUGGUCACAUGAGUAAAGGUGUUGCUGCCUUGUCAAUGGAUAAGAAAUUUAUUCAAAGUCGACAAAAACAGGAAAGCAAAGGUGUGGAGGACUUUGGUGAUGUCAUAAGAGAAGGGGGAGGAGCUUUUGCAAAAGGCCUUUUUCGUGGCGUCACUGGCAUUUUGACUAAGCCUCUUGAGGGAGCAAAAGCUUCAGGUGUCGAGGGUUUUGUUCAGGGUGUUGGGAAAGGAUUGAUUGGUGCUGCUGCUCAACCUGUUAGUGGUGUUUUGGAUCUUCUAUCAAAAACCACAGAAGGUGCGAAUGCUAUGAGGAUGAAAAUAGCAUCAGCUAUUGCUUCAGAGGAUCAACUCCUUAGGAGGAGGCUGCCUCGAGUGAUUAGUGCUGAUAAUCUGCUUCGACCAUAUGAUGAGUACAAAGCACAAGGCCAGGUAAUAUUGCAGUUAGCAGAAUCUGGAUCAUUUUUUGGCCAGGUUGACCUUUUCAAAGUGCGAGCAAAAUUUGCCCUGACAGAUGCUUAUGAAGACCACUUUAUGCUUCCUAAAGGAAGAAUAAUUGUUAUCACACACCGGAGAGUUUUACUCUUGCAACAACCUUCAAACCUUAUUGCACAAAAGAAGUUUAAUCCCGCAAGAGAUCCGUGUUCAGUUUUGUGGGAUGUCUUAUGGGAUGACUUGGUGACCAUGGAAUUGUCUCCGGGUAAGAAAGAUGCUAUGAAUGGCCCACCCUCACGGCUUAUUAUAUAUCUGCAAAGUCGAUCACUGGAAGGAAAGGACCAAGUUCGCAUCAUAAAAUGCCAGCCCAAUUCUAAUCAAACAUUUGAGGUUUAUUCAUCAAUCGAGCUGGCAAGGACUACUUAUGGGCCACGUGAUUCAAAGGUUAUGCUUAAGAGGAAAGUGACAAAACCGUAUUCACCUGGUGCUGAUUCUGCCAGCACUGAAGUAAUUUCUAAUAAAGAGGGAGGUGGAGCCUGGUCACCUCAACCAAUGCCAACUUCAACUUUUGGAAGCAGCGAACAAUGAACCGGAAAGUAGUAUAGAUGUGGUUGGGUAUCCGUUAUCACAACACAGCGUAAAUUCAUAUCAUGGCCCCCACCCCCGGUCUUCUUUUCCUCACACUUUGCUUGCAUUCUAUAGACAAAAUGGUGUGUUCUUUACUAGUUAGAGCUGCUUAUUGUUAAAGGAAUUUCAUUGCUGGUGGUAUUUCCUUCACUGCUGUGCAAGUUAACGUCAAGCUUCAACUUUCUCACUGUCGCCUCAUUUCUUGAUCUUGUUGUUGUGUGUGUUUGUGAACUCUUCUCUCUAAACCCCUUAAUCUGGCUUCACAAUUGCAUUGCAUACCCAAUGUUUUGUCAAGAAAUGUCAAGUUUGAAUUCUGAAUUAUUUUGUUGUAGCAAGUCUUUUAAUAUUUUUUUUUUCUUUACCAAAAUCUCUGUUGCAGGUUUUAGAGGCACUAUUCACGAAUUAAAAAAUAUUGGUGAGAUACAUAUGGAAGAGUUUUGUUGAAGUGUUGCUCGCGAGAUCAAUAGACUUGUUUGGCGAGCGCUUUGUCAAAUGUGAAGCCCUCCACUCCCUUGUGUAUAGCUCGGCUAGUGAAAUGUGAAUCCUUGCUGUACAGUCUUCUCCCCUUUUAAAAGUUAAUAUUCACACCUCCGGUUUAAGUGGCUUUUACUCCUAGGGAGGGCCAACAUUAAUUUUUGAAUGUGGUUGGCUUUUACUCCAAACUCAUACGACACUAACAAAAUCUUGAACGAGUUGUCUUUUUAAAAAUUGUCUGUGAAACAGACACCUGUUUGCUUAGUCUAAGAAAUUUAGUCUGUGAUGUAAAUGCAUUGUACAUGUAGCAUGCAACUCAUUAUGCAAGAGAAUGUGCCCAAGGACAUUUUUAAUGCCAAGUAAAUAAUUUUGUCCCUG